UGCUGUCGACAUUAAAAAAAAAGUACUCAUAUUUCUUUCAAAAAAUAAAAAAGCCUUUGAUGAGUUUUUAUAUAAAUAAGUGGGUUAAGUAUUUGGGGUCAGUUAGCAUCAGGUUUGUUAAGUGUUUCUCCUGUCAAAACAACACAUACAUAAACACACACAAACACCAGCACAAUUAACCAAUUUCCUCAAAAGUUCAUAGAUGAAGCAAAGUGGCAAAAGGGGCUGUGAAAAAUAUACGAGUUUUUGAGGUUUCUUGUUAGGAGAAGAAACAAACAACCUUUUCUUGUUUUUUUGUGUGUGUUUUUCUUGAUGUGAAGAAUGUUGUAAAGGGCAUUCCUUAGCUCAUUUUCAUGAUUUGUUCUUCAAGAAUGUUAACAAGAUCAGCAUCAUUUUCUUGUCUUUCUUCUACUAUGAGUGCUACUAUUUCAAAGCGGGUUGUUUGUUGAUUACAAAAAGUAGUAGAGCUUCUUUCUUUAGCUCAUUUUCAUCGUUUAUUGUUCAAGAAUGUUGUGAAGAUCAAAUUUUUAAGCUCAAAAAGAUCACGUCAUCAAUAUCAUUUUCUUGUUAUUGUUCUCCUAGGGGUGUUGCUACUUCAUUGGGGGUUGUUUCCUUGAUAUAGAAAAAAAGUAGUAAACCUCCUUCCUUAGCUCAUUUUCACCAUUUAUUGUUCAAGAAUGUUGUAAAGAUGAAAUCCUAAAGCACAAAAAAAAUUUCAUGUCAUCAACAUCAUCAUCUUCUUGUUCUUGUUCUCCUAUGGGUGGUGCUUCUACUUCAAUGGGGAUGUUUUUUGCUGAUAUGAAUUCACUUUCCAUAAAUACUCCCAAAAGUGUUGACGAGGGUAAAGGGAGGAAGGGUUCUUGGGAUUUUCAAUUCUUGAAUAAAGGUGGGGCAGUUUUUUCUUGUUGUCAGAAUCUUGAUGAAGUCCAAAAUAGUGAAGAAAAUAAUGAGAGUAUUGAUCUUAAUGCUUCUUGCUACAAUGAAGAGAAACAAAUUACACUGCAUAGUACUUUUAAUAGUAAUAAUAGCAGUAGUGGUGGUGGUGGUGGUAAUAAUGGUAAGGAGACAGAGAGUGGUCAAUCAAAGCUUUGUGCUAGAGGCCAUUGGAGACCAGCUGAAGAUGCACAACUUAAAGAACUUGUUGCUAUUUAUGGCCCUCAGAAUUGGAAUCUUAUAGCAGAAAAGUUAGAAGGAAGAUCAGGAAAAAGUUGUAGAUUGAGGUGGUUUAACCAGUUGGAUCCAAGAAUUAACAGGAGGGCAUUUAGUGAAGAGGAAGAGGAAAGAUUAAUGGCAGCUCAUAGAUUGUAUGGUAACAAAUGGGCAAUGAUAGCAAGGCUAUUUCCAGGGAGAACAGAUAAUGCAGUGAAGAAUCAUUGGCAUGUAAUAAUGGCUAGAAAAUAUAGAGAACAAUCAAGUGCUUAUAGGAGGAGGAAAAUGGGACAAUUUGUUUAUAGAAGAUCAACACUAGUAGUUGAAGAAGCAGAUAGUGGCAAAGCACAAGCACCAAUUAUCAGUUGCCAAAAUUCUGUUAACCAAUUUGGUGCCACUGCUAAUACUACUAGUGUGAAAAUAAAUAAUGAUGGUCCAAAUGGUUGGGUUGUUUAUGAACCAAAUGGCUCACCCCACAUGACUGUUUCUGCUGGAGAAGCAGCAGCAGCAACCCCUAGCAGCACCAAUAAUGUCACUCUCCUUUCUCCUUAUUCACCAUUUUGUGCUCCCCCUUUUGACUCAUUACCUGCAGGUCAUUGUGGGAAUGAGAUGAUGAAUAUUCUAAACCAGCAAGGGAACAAAUCUUGGGAUAGGAAAAUGGAAAUUACUGGUCACCAACACCACCAUCCUACUCCACCAUCUAAUUCAUUAAUGAUGAUGAACAGUAUGCAACAACAGUCACAAUACUUGCAGUUUCCCUAUGUCACAACGUCAAGAACACAAAUCUCAUCAUCACCCUCAGCAGCACAAGCAGAAGGACUAGUAAAAGAGGAGGACAGAAGAAGCAGCAGCAACAACAACAACAACAGUGAUAAUAGCACAAUUGCACCACCAUUUAUAGACUUUCUUGGAGUAGGAGCUACUUGAAUCAAUAAUUGAUAAAAAAUUUCAUGAAAAUCAUCAAGAAAAAGGACCCCCCUUUGAGUCUCUCUUACAAUGAAAUGGUAACAGUAUUUUAUUAGUAA